GUGUGUGUGUAUCGCUGCUCUUCAGGCUGCUGGUCGCCCAGCAUUUAUACGAACGAACCUACUGUUCUUUGUUUGCCUUCUUUUGGAUCUGCCGAGUUUCUUUGUUGAAUAAACCAGCAUGGGUGCCCAGUUCUCUAAGAACGCUGCAAAAGGCGAAACUACUGCUGCUGAAAAACCCGGAGAAGCGGUAGCUGCAUCUCCUUCCAAGGCGAAUGGACAGGAGAACGGCCAUGUGAAGGUGAACGGCGAUGCCUCCCCGGCAGCUGCAGAGGCUGUCAAGGAGGAAGUCCAAGCAAACGGCAGUGCGCCAGCGGAGGAGUCGGUCAAGGAAGAGCAGAGCCCAUCCGAGGCUGCCUCCGAAAAGGAGACCGCCGAAGCGGAGAGCACAGAGCCCGCCUCGCCUGUCGAAGGGGAGUCCUCCUCCAAGACCGAGGAGGGAACAACCCCAUCUUCCAGUAAUGAGACCCCGAAAAAAAAAAAGAAGCGCUUUUCCUUCAAAAAGUCUUUUAAGCUAAGUGGCUUUUCUUUUAAAAAGAACAAAAAGGAGUCUGGGGAAGGAGCAGAGAACGAAGGUGCGGCUGCUUCGGAAGGCGGGAAAGCUGACGCCGCAGCGGCAGCUGACGCGGAGCCUGUGGGCAGCGAGGAGGCCAAGGCUUCCCAGGAGGCGUCGCCUUCAGCCCCGGCCGCUGGUGGCAGCACGGAGGACGCCAAAGAGGAGGCUGGGGGCUCCCAGGAAGCCCAGUUGGAAGAGACUGCCCCAGAGAAGCCUGCAGGAGAAGAAGCCAAGGCUGCUGAAGAGCAGAAGCCGGAGGAGAAACCGGAAGAGGCGCCAGCGGCUCAGGUCCCAAGUGCUACCACCGAAGCCACCUCAACUGAGCCAGAGGCAGCCAAAGCAGAGGAGCCGGUGGCAGCGGCGGCGGCAGCGGCAGCUCCUUCACAGGAAGCUGCCUCUGAGUCUAGUCCAGAAGCUCCACCCACCGAAUCGGCAGAGUAAAACAAGGCAAUGAAAAGAAUGGCAAUUUUGAGAUGAUUGAACUUUUCUUCCCCCCUGUUUGUUUGUUUGGAGUGGUGCCAGGUACUGGUUUUGGAGAACUUGUCUACAACCAGGGAUUGAUUUAAAAGAUGUCUCUCUCUCUCUCUGUCUCUCUCUCUCUCUCUC